UUUGUUGAUAAACAUUACUACUAUUUAGGGUUGGUUCCAAUAGUUCAGUUUGUAGCCAAAACAGCUCCAAAAUCUGAAAUUUUCACCAGUUUCUUCUUCUCAAAAGGCUUAAACAGUUAAAAGUGGGUGAUCAACCAAACAAAAUUAAGGACAGAAGAUAUGGAUCAGUACCCAGUGAAAUGCAAAAACAUGUGUGAUUAUGCUAGUUUAAAGGCUAUUAACACAUUAAUCAAGGAAGAUAGGUUCCUCCUUGUUCGAAACGUGAUUACUGUGAAGACUCCAUUUGGAGAAUUACUAAAGCUGGAUCAUAAAACAAGUAUUCAAAAAUUUCUUUCCCUUAAUGCUAUCAAGGCAUGGAAUGGUGAAAAGCUUGUUAUUGGAGACCAGGAGUAUGAAAUUGAUUCGGAGUUGGUCAAAAAAUCUUUAAGUUUGUCUAUUGAUGGAACAAAAAUUAUAAAGCCUAAUAGGGAUGAGAAUCAUGUUCCCAUCUUCAUCAAACAUGCAAUGCCACAAAUGUGCAAGGAUAGAAAUAGAAAGAAGUUUAAUAAACAUGUGGUUGCUGUAUUUCGGUUCGAAGGAUGACGCCGGGGUAAUUGGUGAAUUUGAUGAGAUCGUUAAGCUGAGUAAACUUUAUGUUGCUCUGAUAUUCUCAGCACUGCUAUUUCCGAGAAGUAAGCGUAUUCCGUUUGAGUAUUUGUAUUUGUUAGAUGAUUCUCACUUUGACGACUUAAAGUCUUACAGAUUUUUGAUAUAGAGGUAGCAAAGUUUCAGAGGGACGGCAUUCAAACAGCCAAGAAUGCAAAAACUAGAUCUGCAAGUGUGAGCGGCUGUUUGCACAUCAUUGAGUGUUUAUACUCUCAAGAGAAACUUUCCAUGACUCCUAUUCAGAAUAAACGUGAACGAUAGAAGGAAAACGAUGUAGAGCUAAAUGAGUCCACAGCAGAGACAGAUGCUCCAUUGUCGUUAAAAAGACCAAGGAGUAAUAAACUUCUCUGAAGAGUAUCGUCUCAAAAAGGAGCCACGGCCAGAGGAUCCUGAGACAGAGGUUAUUGACAUUGAGGAUAGCAGUAGUGAAGAGGAUGUUAAUGAAGAAGAAGUAACUGACGAUGAAGUGCAGUCCAAAGAGGUGCCUAAGCCUUUUAUGACAUUGAAAAGACAGACGGAUGAUGAAGUUCAGUCCAAAGAGGUACCUAAGCCUUUUAUGACACUGAAAAGAGAGACUAUCGACAAAGUAACAUCAUCAUUUGAGUAUAUGGGUCCUGGUCAACCAUUUGUAGGACGGCAUAGCAGUGAUUGUGUGGUUCUAAAUGAUGGAAAAUGUGAAAAUGUAGGAGGCUUCAGUGUUCUUAAAUCACAUGCAGGGUUCUAUGAGAAAAUAUGGAUGAAAUAUGGCCAUAUCGCUUCGAACAAAGUUCUAAAAGAUUCGUAUGCCCAAGUACCGGUUGUCUCAGGAAUAAUGGAUACUAUUGUUCAUAUGCAUUAUUGUCGUUUUCCUGAGCUGACUUCCAGGAUUAUUGAGCGCUGGGAGGAUAACAUAAAGAACGCUGAGAAACUUGAAUUCAACAUUGGGUGGGUUCGUGACUGGUUAGAGUAUGUCAAAAAAGUUUUUUCUGGAAAGGAAAAGCUUGCGGCUGCAUUUAUCCAGCAGGACGAAUUACUGCAGGCAGAAAAGAAAAAGUCUGUAGAAGCAAAGAAUGCGUAUGAGGAGGCAGAAAAGAGUAUUGUUGCUUUGGAAACAAAAAUGAGUCUCUUGAUCAGGGAAAAGCAAGAGUAUGAAGAGAAAGAUAGUCAUUUACUCUCCCUAGAGUGGUUGCAGUAAUUUGAUGAGCAUAGAUGGUGGUAUUUUGGUUGAAUUAGACUUUUUGGAUUGUUCAAAAAAAAUAAAAAAAAUCUGUUAUCUGGAGACAGAAACACAUAAUUUCUGAUCAUUCAAAUGUCAAAAAAAAACUUCUGUUCUAAUCUAAGAAAAAAAGUCAAGAACUUCAAUGAA